UGCAAUGUUCUCCAAAUCACUUACGUCAGAUUACGAAGAUCGGAAUAUAUACUGUUACCGCAGUUGCGAUAACAGAUACCGCAGUUGCGCGAGAACGAGCCUUGCUCGCCAUAUCGCAUAAAUGUGAACGAAAGUGCGCCUAUCUCUCGUUCCUUCGCGAAUCAUUUCCAAUAAGGAUUUAAAACAACAUUCGCCAUGGAAUACUGGCAGAUACCGUUAUUCAUCGUGAUAGUUAUUCUCUGCAUCCAUCAUCUUUUUAGAAGAUACAAUUACUUCAAAAGACAUGGUAUUCUCCAUGUCCCACCUGUAAUGAUACUUGGUGACGUGGCGUCAGUUGUGUUUCGCCGGACAUCAUUCGGUGAUUACCUACAAAAGCUGUACUCGUCUAAACCAGACGCGAAAUACUUUGGAUUUUACGUCACAACACAACCCAUCGUUCUAUUGCGCGACCCGGAGCUUAUCAAGGAGGUCUUCGUCAAGAAUUACGAGUCGUUUCUCAAUCGGCGUGGUUUAGCCGAGUUCAACGACCCUUUAUUCUCAAAUAAUUUAUUCUCCCUUCGGGGCCAAAAAUGGAGAGAUGUGAGAACAUUACUAAGUCCAGCUUUUACGUCAAGCAAAAUAAAAAUCAUGUUCACUUUGAUGUCGGAUUGUGCGAUAGACUUCACCAAGUCUCUAUCGGAAAUAUCAGCGGAUAAGGGCGAUAUGGAUAUGAAGAAUGUAUUCAGCAAGUACACGAACGAUGUCAUUGCCACGUGUGCCUUUGGAAUUAAGGUCGAUUCUAUGAAAAAUCCCACAAACCAGUUCUAUCUUCAUGGCAAAGAAGCGACUGGCUUCUUCGAGACUCGUGCCCUCAAGAUUCUUUUCUUGAGGACAUUUCCGAAACUUAUGAAGUUAUUCGGUUUCAAAUUCCUAAGCCACAAUGCCACCAUUUUCUUCAAAGACAUCGUGAAGACCACAAUCGCCACUCGGGACGCCGAGAACAUUAUUCGCCCGGACAUGAUACAGUUGAUGAUGGAUAUCAGGGGUAAACGCGUGAACGAGAGAGAACUGAACAUCGACGAUAUGACCGCGCAAGCAUUCAUUUUCUUCCUCGGUGGCUUCGACACCAGCUCAACAGCGAUGUCCUUCGCCGCUCAUGAGCUCGCAGCUAACCCAGACGUUCAGGCAAAGUUGCGACAGGAGAUCGACGAAGUUCUGGUAAGCACAAACGGAAAAGUGACGUAUGAAACUAUUAAUCACCUUAAAUAUUUGGACAUGGUAAUGAGCGAAGUUCUCAGAUUGUAUCCACCGGCCCUCUAUGUUGAAAGGCAAUGCGAGAGACCAUAUGAAUUUCCGCCCGUAUUGCCAAGUGAAAAGUCCGUCAUUAUAAAGAAAGGUCAGAUUAUCUGGGCCCCGGUCUAUGCAAUUCAACGUGAUGAAAAGUACUACGAUAAACCGGAAAAGUUCCGCCCGGAAAGAUUCUCGGACAAGAAUGCAUAUCACAACUCACCGUGUUACAUACCAUUUGGAUUGGGGCCGCGGAUGUGCAUAGCCAACAGGUUUGCAUUGCUGGAGAUCAAAGUCUUGCUGUUUCAUCUAUUAGCUCGGUGCGAGUUGAAACCUUGCGCGAAAACCACGUUGCCGAUGAAAUUCAGCAAGAAAGGUGUGUUUCUGACGCCGGAAGGUGGAUUCUGGUUGAAUGUUCAACGUAGGAGCGAUAUGCAUCCUGCGAUUCGCAACAACUGCAUGUUUAAUUCGUAAAGACACCUUAAUUGCGCUGUGAAUGUGAAUUAAAUUAAAUCUAGCCUAUUUUAUAUUGUAAUGAUACUUAUAUGCGUGAAAAGUGACAUGUUGACGACGAAAUAUUGUGUUGUUUGCCAUUUCAUUAUUAUUUGUUUAAUUGUAUAGGCGUGACUUGUGAUACAUUUGUUAUGAAAAGGGUUUUAUUUCACGUAUCUUUUAUCUCAUAAUGGAAAUAUUUUGCUAAAAGUACUAUGAAAUCAAUGAAAAUUGAGAUGAAAGUUAUUGAAAAAUUACUGAA